AUGAAGGCCAUUCGCCGAUCUCUCAAAGGCGACAAAGAGUCGAAGCAUGCGCCGAGUUUAUCCAUCACACCCAAGACGAUCCAAGCCCUCCCACCCAAGAAAGUGAUCAAGGCGCUCUACGACUACCAGCCGCAGAACGGAAAUGGACAAGAGCUGGCGUUUCACAAGGGGGACUUCUUUCACGUCUUGAGCCGGGAAGAUGACACGGAGUGGUACGAGGCGUGCAACCCGCUCAUCCCAUCCGCGAGGGGACUGGUGCCGGUGGCCUUUUUCGAGGUUGUGGGCAAACAACAGCGACAAAGCGGGAACUCUCUUUCAUCUCCAGGCGAGAAAUUGGAUGCUCAUGAUUCCGGCUUCUCUGAGCAAGGCUCGACCAAUUCCGGCCAUACGCGAUCCGAGUCAGCCGCUACCACCCGACCCACUGCACAUCAGAGAGGAUCUAGUAUGACGGCCAAGGGCCCAGGAGCCAUGGUGUACGGGGUGGUGCAGUAUGAUUUCAAUGCUGAAAGGGCCGACGAGCUUGAUGCCAAAGCCGGAGAAGCGAUCAUCGUGGUGGCUCAGUCCAAUCCAGAGUGGUUUGUUGCGAAGCCGAUCGGACGGUUAGGAGGACCCGGGUUGAUCCCUGUGUCGUUUGUCGACAUCAAAGAUACUGCUACUAUGCAGUCGGUCCCAGACCCUCUCGAGGCUGUUCGGAAGGCCGGGGUUCCCCGAGUGGAGGAGUGGAAGAAGUUCGCGGCUGAAUACAAGAACAGCAGUAUCAGUCUGGGCAAGUUCGACAGCCCUCAAGCGCAACUGUCUGCGGAUAUGGCUCGAAUGAGUUUGCAACAUGGUGGGUCGCAGCAUUCGCUUUCCAGCAACAACUAUGACUCGCGACAGAGCGGCGCACGAACGUCACAGCAACCGCAGAUCCCCCUUGCACCGAUCAGCGCAUCCGUUCCGAGGUAUUGCUUUGACAAUGACAUGUAUUGGUACAUCAUUGAGUGCCAGAUGGAAGAUGGCCGCUGGUGGGAGCUGGCACGGUUCUAUGCCGACUUCUACGACUUUCAGAUCGCACUGUUGGAAAUGUUCCCUGAAGAAGCCGGAAACAAGGGCAAGGCUCGCACGCUGCCUUUCAUGCCGGGACCAGUGGCGCAUGUGACGGAUGCGAUCUCGAACGGACGCCGACAGAAUCUGGACGAGUAUAUUCGCAAGAUCAUAGCCAUGCCACAUCACAUCUCCAAGAGCAUGCUGGUACGAAACUUGUUCAAGCCGAGGCCAGGCCAUGACUAUGAAAUCGAUCCGAAUGCGCUGGGCGAGGACUAUCGACUGUCUGGAGGAUCGCAGCAAUCGUUGCAGCCGGCUUCGCGGUCGUCACUCAACCCACAGCAGCCCGGUGCUGGUGCUGGUGCAGGUGCAGGGUAUGGGGGGAUGCCCCCUCCUGGGAGCCGGUCGUCACAGCAACGAUUCCAAGUGCCUAUGCCGGCUGGAGCGGGGAUGGGGAUGGGAGGGCCACCAUAUCUACACUCUCAGGCCAGUAACUUGACGCAGGCAUCCACAUCGUCCAGCAUCAAGGGCGGCAACGCCGGUACGCCGAUGAAGGUGAAGGUGUUUUUCCAGGACGACAUCAUUGCCAUCCGAGUGCCGCAAGACAUCAUGUUUUUGCAACUGAAGGAGAAGCUCAUGGAACGGUUGAAGGUGAAUGACGGUAUUGUGAUCCAGUACAAGGACGAAGCCACGAACAGCCUCCUCAACCUGGAGAAUGACGACAAUCUGGACGUGGCGUUACAGAGGAAUCCCAAGUUGACCUUGCACGUCAACUUUGCUGCCGAAUGA